UCUCAUAGCACAGCUUACAUGGCGAAAUGUACGCCUCCCGCUAUUGCGCUUCAUUCUUACGACCUAAGCUCCCGUUGUUUGAAUUGCCCUCCCGCCGUUUUUUUGCCGCUGCAAAAUUUUCCGGUCAGAAAGUUGCCGGAAAGCGUUGUCCUUAUAUUUUUCCGGCGAGCCUCUCUUACAUGUCUACGGCUUGCAGAACCGAUGACCCCCUGCCUCCUUCCGUUGCUGAUAAGGGUGAAUUGCUAAGGGGACUUGAAACGGCAUUACGUUCGUCUUUUAGUUCAGACCAAAUAGCGCCACCCCCUAAGCCAUUGAUUAUCGUCAUCAGUGGACCAAGUGGUGUGGGAAAAGAUGCAGUGAUCAAGAGAUUGCAAGAAGUUCGGGAAGGAAUACAUUUUGUUGUUUCUGCAACAAGCCGAGCAAAACGACCAGGUGAAGUAGAUGGGAAGGAUUAUUUCUUUGUCACCAAGGAGCACUUCCUUGCAAUGGUCGAGAGGAAUGAACUUUUGGAAUAUGCUCUUGUAUAUGGAGAUUACAAGGGCAUCCCCAAACAGCAGAUUAGGGACUACAUGUCAAAGGGGUUUGACAUUGUGUUAAGGGUGGACAUACAAGGGGUCGCAACCCUUCGCUCCAUACUCAAGGACUCGGCAAUCUUCAUAUUUUUGGUUGCAGAGAGUGAGGCCGAACUUGUGAAGAGACUAAUAGAUCGCAAAACUGAGACCCCUGAGACUCUUCUUGUGAGAAUUGCCACUGCACGAGAAGAGGUGAAACACAUGAUAAGGUUCGAUUAUGUGGUGGUGAAUGCACAAGGAAAGCUUGAUCAAGCUGUGAGCCUUGUGGGAUCCAUCAUUGAUGCCGAGAAGGCAAGGGUCAGGCAACACUCUGCUGAUUUCUGACAUGUGAUCUCUCUCUCCCCCUCCCCCCGUCCCCGUCCCCGUCCCCGUCCCCCUGAGGCUAUUACAAUAGUGUUUUGCGAUUUAUUUAUUUAUAUUUGCUGCCGAAGCGGAAAUAUGACAGCAAGGGUUUUUCUCUGUCUCUCUCUCUGAGACGAUAGUGUGUCCUGAGCCUCACCGACUCCAUCAUUGAUGCUGAGAAAGCAAGUUUCCAGCAGCACUUACUGACUUCCUUGAAGAUGAAGCUCUCUCUCCUCUCCGUUGGCUGUCCAACUCUUGUCCUGCAAGCCCGUUGCAGCUUGCGAGUGUCUGUCUACUCACGAGAGAGAGAGAGAGUUGACACUUCUUUAGUCAUUUAGAGAGAGAGAGAGUGAGUAAAAAGAAUUUUCCGAUUGCUCGGUGAUAUGUGACAUGUUGUGUUGUCAAAGAAUUGAAUGUUGAGUGCUAUUUUUUUGC